AUGGUGACGGGCAAGCAGAGUAUUAUCGCUGCCGUCCUGCCAACGAGUCUCCGCUUGGCCUUGCUCUCCAGCACACGUUGCGUAAUUUGCGGAGCCGCUGAAUCUCUCCCCGUGUCAACGUGCGUGAUCAGAUGGCGGAUUGUCAGGGACAGCGGAGCCUGUGAUCCAAGAUUGUUGAUAACUGAGCAGCCAAGUGGAGGACAACGACCGUUGUCAGCUACCAGACUUGAGGCGAAGCAGCAAAGACGUCGAAUGACGGGCGCACCAGCCACGGGCCGAGUGCCAGACCGUGAGAACUACCCGCCUCCCCGGAAGGUUUCCCUGAUGGAUCGGGGGUGGAGAGCUGUGGGUUUCCAGGUGACGACUUUGCUGGCUGGUGGCGAGGGCGAGGGCGAGGACGAGAGCGAAAGGAAGGCUUGUCGACGGGAUCUAGAGUGCACAAAACUGGGAGCUGCCGCACGGUUUCAGAAGUGUCGAGGUACAAGCAGGCUAAGAAUGAUGUUCCAGAUCAACGACACUCAGACACAGCGCUUUGUCGUUUCCUCCACUGACUCUGAUGACAGCAUGAGGGGAAGCACCUCCACACCUGGAUCGGCCUUGCCAGCUCUCCGAGCAGGUAGGUUGUCAAGCGCCUACCAGAUUUUGCAGCUGCUUGGCUCCACAGCGGCUGGCGGUAUGUAG